AUGACCCCUAAUUUUAUCUAUCUCACUCUUUUCCCGCAAUACUUCCAUAACUAUUUUCAAAUUUCUCUAGCCAAAAAGAUUUGUGAACGAAAAUUGCUUGCUUAUCAAGUUUAUAAUUUGCGUGAUUUUGCUGUCAAAGGACAGGUCGACGAUUAUCCCUAUGGGGGAGGAGCAGGAAUGGUUUUGAAAAUUGAGCCAUUAGUCCAAGCCUUGGCUACCAUUCAAGAAACUUAUCCGGAUAGUUAUCUCAUUUUGCUCUCACCCCAAGGUAAAACUUUCACCCAAAAUGAUGUGCCAAGGCUACUUAAUCAAGCCCCUAAUUUACAAAUUUCGCUGGGCGACUUCAUCACUAUGGGCGGGGAAAUGCCCGCCUUAACGAUUACCGAUGCCUUAAUUCGGGCCAUUCCUGGUGCUAUCCAAGAAGAGUCAUAUCAACAAGAAACCUUUCAUAAUUCCCAAUUAGAUUUUGCCACCUAUACCCGCCCAGAAAUAUACAAUGGCUUAAAAGUUCCAGAAAUUUUAUUAUCAGGACACCACCAAAAAAUUAAUGAAUGA